AUGAACCGUCUCUUGCUCCUCGUAGGUCUGCUGGUGGCACCUCUGACUGCCACCAACUCUUCUGCUGUUGCACGUGACAACACUUGCAUUCCCUUUGACUACGUCCAUGACCGAGAGGCUGCCAAACCUGCCACCGUGACGCUUCGCGCCGCCGUCUUGACCAACACGGUACCCCUGGCAUUCUACGACGAGAACAUUACCAGUCGCAACAGCAUUGCAGAACCCUUUCCUUCCUACCGCGGCUUUCAACCCGCGCUCAUGAGACACUUGAUCACCAUUGCUGCAGACUUUGACAAUAUCACGCUCCACUGGGAAUUGGAACAAGCGCCGCCCUUUUCGUACGCCAAGCAAUUCGAGUACAUGAGCGUCGACUGCAACUCCACGUCCAACCGUAAGGGAGGAUUUCCGUUGGAAGACUGCAAUCGUUUGGAUCUCAUUGUCGGCGACUACUACGGCUAUCCCAGCCGCAGCAUCAAGACUCUACUGACGCCUCCCUUGCUGACAACGGCCGCGGCGACGGUGCAGUACGUGCAUCGCGCCGCCAACAAACGACAAAUCACGACUUUACGAGAAGCCGUCGCCUUACAAGAACCCGUCUGUUUGUUGGACGAAUCGCAUUUUGACGAUCAAGCCACGGAGCGCUUUCUCGGAUUGCUCGUGGAACGCUGUUAUACGCAUGACGAAUGUCUCUUAUGGCUCAAGGAAGAUCGAUGUGCCUUGUUUGUCGAAGACAAGCUUCAACUCAAUUACCUCGCCGUCAAGGAUCCCGAUCUACAUGUGACACGACAAACUUUUGACGAACAGUACAUUGUCUGGCCCUUGAAUGCGCGUCUGGAUCCGCAAAUUCAACAAUUGAUCAUUCGAUGGAUCUACCAAGCCAAAGUCACGGGCAUUCUCGAUGAACUCUAUGACGAAUUCUUCUCCAUUGCCUUUUGUCCUCUCGGGAGUAGUGGCGUUAAUUGCCAUUUGCCCUGCAGCACGGCCCAUGGACUGGCGGAUCGCUAUGGCAAUUGCGUCUGUGAAUCGACCAAAUGGACCGGCAGCGACUGCACUGUCAUGAUGGAAGAAAAUACCAAUUUGAUAUCCACCAGUCUCAAAAUUGUCUCGUACAUUAUGGUCGGAAUCAAUUUCACGGUCGUUGCCAUUUGUGCAUUUUGGUUGUGGAUCAAUCGCAAUACCACUCAAGUUAGGGUCUGUCAGCCCAUCUUUCUGUCGCUCAUUCUCAUUGGAUGCUUGAUCUCCUCAAGCACAAUCUUUGCAUUGGCGGCCGAAGAUGAAGGAGAACAAGACGUGCCGGGGUGCAUGGCGAUUCCGUGGUUGUAUAGUGUCGGUUUCUCCAUUACGUUCGGUUCCCUUUUUGCCAAAAUUCGACGCGUCUACACACUCUUCAGAGCCGCCGAGCAUAUUGAAGCCACAGCCAUUACCACAACGGAAACACUGUCCAUUGUCAAUGGCAUUCUACUCAUUGACGUCGUCAUCCUGACCACAUGGACGGUCGUCGAUCCGUUGCAGUGGAAACGCCGCAUCACCUCCAUGGACAAGUUCGGGGACCCACUCUCCAGUGAAGGAUACUGUCACUCGGAUCAUUGGAUUGUGUUUGCGGGAAUUAUUGCCGCGCUUCAUUUGGGCCUCAUGUUGUUGGCCACCGGCAUGUGCUAUAUGUCACGAAAGAUUCCUACCAAGUUCCAUGAGGGCAAGUAUUUGAGCAUUGCCAUGAUUUCUAAUCUACAAAUUUUUGUCAUUGGUCUCCCCGUCCUGGUCAUUCUAGGCAGUGAUCCGCAAUCGUCGUUCUUUGUCCGAAGUGCCAUCAUAUGGAUGAACGAUCUCGUCGUUGUCACUGUCAUUUUUGGCAACAUCAUGUACAGUCAUCAUCAAGAAUCCAAGUCUUCCACGGAAUCAACGGACGAGUUCAUAAUAAGCAAACAUACACAGACACGAGCGCAAGGUCGUUGGAAGCCAUUGGGGAGUGUGGUUUGCUGUUGGUCUGAACGCAAUGCCGUCCACAAGCGAGACCACACUUGCGCGCACUGGGUGGUCAUUCUCUUACCAAAGCAGGAGCUGUGGGAACACGUCAAGGACUUUCUUCCCGGCAGCAAUCAUGCCCAGUGGAACGAUGCCUUGCGUGCCGAAGUGGCGUCUUGGUUGGACAAUCCGCUCUUGAAGGAGUGCAUCCAAUGCACGAGUGACAAUAUGCGAUUGCAGUGGAGUAUGGAAAUGGGGAAAAGCAGUGCAACCAUUGAAGGAGUGGUGCAGGCACAGGCCAGGAGUGCCAAAGCGUGCAACUAA